UCUGAAUCGUAAUAUUUUAGUUCCUUGGAACUGGCAAUUUGAUUUUAAUUAAAUUAUCUUCAUAGAUCUUAUUACACUCGGAAGCUCUUAACCAUGGUUACAAAUAUCUAAAACGGAAAAAAUAAAAUAAUAUAGAAUUCUUUAUAAACUAUUAAUUAAAUAUUAAUACUGAAAUUGUAGCAAAAUGGUGUGCAAAAUAUUUGCCCCCAUUCCCACCGUUUCAUCUCCAAAACCGUAGGCUGUGUUUGGACUUGUGUGCAGCAGAUUCUCUCUGCAAUAAGCUCAAUUUAGCUUUUGCCGAGCUCAGAGAAUUAGAGAGAGAAAGAAGAGAGAGAGAGAGAGAGAAUUAGAGAGAGAGAGAGAGAGGAGAUGACUCUAGGUCUGAUCAACGCCAAUCCCGUCGUCCACGCUAAGAAGGAAAGGAUCGCUCGCUCCGACGACCCCCACGCCGACGUCGAUCCCCUCGAAAUCUAUGAUUAUGUAAGGGAUAUAAGAGAUCCAGAGCAUCCGUAUUCUCUGGAGCAGCUGAGUGUGCUUUCUGAGGAAUCCAUUACUGUUGACGAGAAGCUCGGCCGCAUCUUGAUAAUGUUUACUCCGACGAUACAACAUUGCAGCAUGGCGACUGUAAUUGGUUUGUGCUUAAGAGAGAAAUUGAAGGAUCAUUUCCCUCCACAUUUUAAGGUAGACAUAAAAGUAGCUCCUGGAUCACAUGCUAAUGAAGAAUCAGUUAAUAAGCAGUUAAACGAUAAAGAAAGAGUGGCUGCAGCAUUGGAGAAUCCGAACCUUCGCCAACUCGUGGAUGAGUGCCUCUACUCGAAUGAACUCUAAGCAUCCCGUACCCUCUGCUCAACAACUUGUACAGUAACUGUUUUCUUGUUAUGUCUAUGCUAAAAUGGAAUUAACUGUCUGUAUGUUGUACUCGAUAUGUUUGUGAAAUUAUUAGUCGUUUCUCAAGUAAACCCUAACCAGCAAUUUUACGCCUUUAAAGAACAUUGCUCUCUCUGUAAUAUACAGUCGAAAGACAUCUACAUUGUGAAAAACCCUCUUGUAUAUAUAUGCAAAGGAAAAGACCAAUUUGUGGAA